GCUACUUAUAAAUACGACGAGCAAGUCAAGCCAGUUAGUUAAAUCUCACCAGUCCGCCACAGAACACAGAUCGAAAUGCGCUUUCUUGGACUACUCGUGCCGAUCGUUUGCGGUCUUUUGUGCGUCGCUGCCGAUCCGCAACAAAUAUACGACGGACGCAAUGGGCCGCACGUUUACGGAACUCCCGGCCAUCAAGUCUACAUUCGGGGGCAAAACGAUGGAGUAUACAAGGUGCCAGGAGUAGGUGGCCAGUUCCAGCACUCAUCAUCGCCGGCGGAACACGUCUACACGGACGAGCAGGGAAACACUUAUGUUCACCGAAAGAAGGCUGGUGGACCAGGUACUCAUAGUAUAAGAGGACCCGGUCCAGUCGUCGCACAGCCCAUAUAUCCCGCAGUCCAGGACUCACGUUAUGGACCUGCGGCUUCAGGCCAUCGCAUUUCUCGUAGUCCCCAGUUCCAUGUGGAGCGUCCUGGACGCACUGUGGAUGUGGGUAACGGAGGAUUUGUUGUCCAAAGAAGUCGCCGCAGUCCCCAAUUUCAUGUGGAGCGUCCUGGACGCACUGUGGAUGUGGGUAACGGAGGAUUUGUUGUCCAAAGAAGUCGCCGCAGUCCCCAAUUUCAUGUGGAGCGUCCUGGACGCACUGUGGAUGUGGGACCGGGAGGAUUUGUAAUUCAGAGGAGCAGCCGCAGUGUCAAUGAUGGACGCGUCCAGGGCGAAAAUUUUGUGGCUCGUGACGAUCAGGCUGGCGUGUGGGACGAAAGUGUUUCGGUGUGGAGGCGUCCAGAUGGGCGGACUGUUACCGUGGGCGCCGAUGGAAGCACCAUUAUUUCUGGUCAUGGAAAAACACAGCACUACUGAAAAGAUAAUGUCUUUAUACCUCUAGAAAAACAGGAAGGAGUAAACAAAACUUAUAACGACUUUAAAGUUUAUUUUAAUAAUUUACUAAUAAAGAGAAUGUUUUUUAAUUAAAA